AUGCAGCUUUAUGAUUACCUUGCACAAAUAUACGUCUUCAUUCAAAACCCUGUCCGAAGAACCGGCUUCGGUCUACUCUACUACUGUCUCCCGUUUAUAGUCUCCAGUGCCGCAGUCCUGAACGCUCUACUGAGCGUAGUAGCGACUCAUAGAAUUCUCAUAAGUGGCAGGGGCAACGAGAGACAUAAAUCAGAUCUCGUGGCUGCGUACUACCAUCACAAAGUCCAGACGAUCCAGAUUGUGAACGAGAGCCUAGCUAGGCAACCGAAUAACAUAACGUUUGAUGUCCAAGUUGCUAUUGCCAUUUUGGGGAUUGUUGAGUACACAACCGGAUCCUUAGACAAUGCACAGAAACAUAUGGCUGGAUUACAAGUGAUAAUGGACGCUAACGGGGGUACAAUUGGAGCUCCACCUGAUCAUUAUUCGGCAUUGGGUAUUGUAAAGAUAGCGAAUAUGCUCAUUUCCAACGAUCAGCACGACCACCCAAUGAACAAUGAACGCAGAAUGCUAGAUGGCAUUCUUACGAAACUCCCUGGAGACUGCCACCCUUCAAUCCCAUCUAUGUUCCAUUCACUCAAACAUCUCUCAACAACCAUGCCGCGAAAUCCUGCCGUCACCAUAGCCCAACAAUCCUCAUGGCUUGACCAAUUGAACAUAACUGAGCUGCAGAUGCACCAAAUCAUUGAAAAUGAACUCAUCUCACAGACCGAUGCACUGACAACGCCGUUUGUUACGUCUCGCGUCUAUCCUAUCGCCGGAAGCAUAUUUUUAUGUUUAUGGUUACGCCAGCUCUCGAUACAGAGCAAUGUUUUGGACUACCUAGUUGAUUCCUUGAUAUAUGCACUUGAUGAGAUAGAACAUGAACAACAAUAUCCAUCAGUGAUUCUUUUGUGGCUUCUCUUUGUUGGAGGAGCGGCGGCAGAAGGACGACGGACUAGACAGUGGUUCCUUGGGAGACUGUCUAAUGCCGUGCAGACACUGAAUUUGGAUUCGUGGCGACGUGUAAAAAAUGUUCUGGAAGCGCUUCCUUAUGUGGAUGAAUGUGAUGAAUAUCUUCGCAGGAUAUGGGAGGAGCUCGAACGGAGUACUAUUGAGUAG